CCUUUCCCUUAUCUUUGCAAAUCUCCUGUUGAUCUUGUUUGCUGCCAUGCCAGGUCUACGAGAGCGCCGUUUACUACGAGGAAGAUUUCAUGUCUGACACAUCCAGCCGAAUCCAGUGCAUAGUCAAGGAUCUCUAUGCCUGGAGAUUUUCGGAAAGCUUCCUGACAAUGACCGUGUCCCUGCACAAGGUCUCGUGCCUGGGCUUGCUUGCUAUGCAUCAUCUAAUGACACGAAGGCCUCGGGGCUUGAGCUCUCAGCAGCAGAAUAGGUCUGACACGCAAUCGGGUGUAAUGAGAGACAGUUUGGCGUAUGCGGUAAAAAGCUCGGUAGGGAAUGGGCGCAGACGUCCGAUGAUAGGGAUUUGGUCCACGAGUUAUCGGCAUAACAUACAAGGAUUCGGUAUCGCGAUAUCUGGAAGUCUGGGAAUGAUGGUGCAAGAGCAACUACCGCUAGGGACUGAAGACAUGGUCUACCAUUAUGUCUGCAUAAUGGUUAGACUAGGUGUUCAUCUCAUAACAUCAACUUGCUCUGCGCUCGGGACAGUCAUCUUCCACAAACCGAGUAAUACUGUCUGGUUGCAUACAUACCUCGUAUUAAACCAGUCUAAAUGUAACUACAUUUUCUCUCUAGUAACGUCAUAACUCUUGAUCAUCUCGGUUUUUCCUGAUGUGAUGUCAUCACUCUAACCCUUGUCAAAACCAGUUUACGGAUAAUCAUUUGCAUCAUAAAGGUAAUAUAUAUAUCUACCCCUGGGGGUAUGGGAUGCAAAAUGCUCUAACAAGAGCCAAGUACAAAAGCCAAGUACAAAAGCCAUUGCCAA